AUAAAGGCCACUGCCCCCUUCCAGCCCACCAGCUCAGCCUGGCUCUUACUGACCAGAUGGCACUGCUCGUAGCUCUUGCUGUCCUGAGCCUCCUGCCACUUCUGCAGGCUCACGACCCUGCGCUCGCCAACCUCACCGCCAUACCAAUCACCAAUGCCACGCUGCAGCGGCUCUCAGGCAGGUGGUUCUUUCUGGGUUCAGCCUUUCGCAACCCUGUGUACAAGCAAGCAGCAGAACAGAUCCAGGCGGAAUUCUUUGACUUGGUCCCCAACUUGACAGACGAUACAAUACUGGUCAGAGAGUAUCAGACUAUGGAGGACAAAUGCAUCUAUAACUCCACCCACUUGAGGGUCCAGAGAGAGAACGGGACCCUUUCCAAAUUCGAAGGGGACACAGAACAUUUAGGCCUUCUGUUGCUGCCCAGGGACCCCAAGAGCUUCAUGCUUGCUUUCUCCCUGGAAGAUGAGCAGAACCGGGGAAUCUCCUUCUACGGUGGUAAGUCACACAUCACCCCGGAGCAGCUGAAGGAGUUCGAGGAUGCUGCCACUGUCGCAGGCUUACGCAAGAUGGAAAUCACAUAUGUGGACUGGAGAAAGGAUCGGUGUGGGCCUCUGCAGAAACAGCCCGAACAGGACAGGAAGAAGGAAGUAGAGCCCUAGGAAGAGGCAGCCUGGGCUCAGCCCCAUCAUCACCCUUUGCACCCCUCCGCCCUUCCUGGCAAUCAAUAAACAUCC